AUGGCCGUAUCAGUGCCCAUCAAGGCUGCAGAACAGGCUGAUGAAGCCUUGCUGUUAGAGCAGUGGAUCACGAUAUCCGUGAUCGCGUUAUUUGCCUACGAGUAUGUGAUUACACUCAGCGACGAGGUCGAUCGAGCCUGGAAUAAGCGAUGGAGUCUCGCUAUUAUCUUAUUCUUCUUGAACAGAUAUUAUUCCUUGUUCGAGAUAUUCUCGGUGGCCGUGAUAUCGUUCAACCCUGCCUGGUUCAACGCGGUGGGUAGUUAUUUCUGUGUCCUUUCCUGGAUGCGCGCGAUUGACCCUUUCCGCAAUGUCAUAGGUGUCAAUAGCUGCACGCACUUCGUCAAGUUUCAAGGCGCCGGUUCCUCAGUAGCUGUCGGGAUCGGCGAAGCGUUGAUGAUUCUUCGCGUCCACGCGAUCUAUCAGAAUCGGCUCGUUGCGGUUGCUCUUUCUCUCUGUCUAGCGGGUCAGAUCAUCCUACAGAUCAUCGUGGUGUCGCAGGGAUUCGCUCUCUUCGAGCCGACAGGUGGAUGCGUUCUGGUAACGAAGACCUCGGCGUACUGGAUCGCACCGCUCGUCACGGAAAGCCUGAUCUUUAUUCUGACGAUGUGGCGACUGCGCCUCUACUUCAGGAGAGGGGCAUCUAUGCCUGCUAUGAGAUUAUUUCUCCGAGACGGAGUCGCUUACUUCCUCGUGGUUUUCACGGCAAAUCUUAUCAACGCCAUCAUUUUCCUCACGGCGCAGCCAUCACGCAAGGAAAUAUUCGCCGCGGUGAGCCAGGUAGUGACAUCCAUAACUGCUUCGAGAUUAUACCUGAAUCUGAAGGGCUUCUACUCUCCGCCCCAAGAUUUACCAGACGUCUCUCAGGCGAUCGAAGGCGGUCCCAUCACCUUUGGUCGCCGCUCAGAGAAGCGAAGCGAACAAGACCCACGAGAUUGGCACACAUUCAAUGAUUACUAUAAUCCGUACGCGGCGAACGUCGGUAUCGCAUCGGAACCUGGCGAAAUCCCGCUCACCAACAUGCGACAUACCCGUUCGCAUGAUCCCGAAUCCGACUCGCCGCACACGGGCUCCGUAGUGUGA